CAGGGCUUGCUCGGGCAUGCUCCAUAUCCCCCUCCCAUCGUGCCGGGGCAGUUCCUGGGAGCUCCGCAGUUUUCGGCAUGGCGGUGGACUGGUUCGGCUUUAGCUACGCCGCCCUGGUGACAUCAGGAGGGCUUAUUGGCUAUGUAAAAGCAGGUAGUGUUCCAUCACUAGCUGCUGGCCUGUUCUUUGGGGGUUUGGCUGGACUGGGUGCUUAUCAGCUCUCACAGAAUCCAAAUAAUAUUUGGCUUUACACAUGUAUCUGCUGCCUGGACUGUACAAUCUCUCAUUUAAGUUACAUCUGGAACACUGUCUGCCAUCAUGGGAACAAGAUUUUACAACUCCAGAAAACUCAUGCCCGCGGGGCUGAUUGCUGGUGUCAGUUUGCUAAUGGUUGGAAGAUUAGCACUGAAGAUGUUAGAAAAGCCCCAGGAUAAGUAGCUGUUCAUUUUACCACCUAAUAUUUCGAUAAGGAAACCUGAUAAUGAUGUUGCAUAAAUUCAGAAGCAAGAAGAUGGAACAAUUUUCUAUUUCAAGACAUUUUUUCCCCUUUUUUACAUAAAAGGGAGUAGAAUGAUGGGACAGAUAGUUUAUAAACAUUUGUUUAUAUACAUUUGUUUCAAUGAUCAGGUAGACCUAUUUGUGUAUAGAGAGAAAUGGGUCCUGGGUUUGAUUUUUCCAGAUGUGAAUCAGUGUAUUUUAACACUUCCAAUUUUUAUAUUUCAAAAUAUUCUGCUGACAUAUAUGAAGCAGAGCGAACCUGUAAUUAAGAAAAUAACCACAAAGAGGCACCAGGAGUAAUUUGCUAAAUACAACAGUGUAUCUCAAACCUUUUGUACUUAAGUAUUACAGCAUGCUUUACCUGUUGCAUUCUGAGUUGAUACACCACGUCUGUAUAACACCAAACAGAUCUUACAUUUUUGUUGUGAAAUGAUGCUAAAAUGCUGCUUUUCUACAAGUAAAUUCUAUUACAAACCUUUA